UGUCUAACAAAGCAUUAGUCCAGCACAUUCUCAAACAAGGGACAGACUUAAAAUUGAUUCUGCAGGAAGCAAAAGAUAUGCUGAAUCAUUUGACUGCUCUGAUAAGCAAAGACAAACCUGCUCCAGCACUCUGGCAGGAGCUGUUAGAGCUGCAAGGAUGCCUUAAUGAUGACUCCUUAAUUACUUAUCAAAAGACUCUCUUGUGUGGAUGGUACAGAUGCAAAGGAUUGCCUGAAAAGAAUCAUGCAGCGAAUCUUGAACGACAAGGUUUUAUAACUGUAAAGGCCAAAGAGGAGAAAAGUGUACUUUCAAGGGGCUUUCAAAAGUGCAGACCAUGGUAUGCAAAGCUGUACAGAAGAACAGUGGGUGCAUGGAGGCUUCAGAUAACAUCAUCGAAGAAAGCAGCAGCAGAAAGAUACGGGGUAGAAAGAAGAGGAGAGAACAAAAGUAAAUGCUAGCAUAUUUCAAGAAGGUGACAACUGUGUUUCUGUGCCCUGUGAACUUUCUGGAAUUUACUGUACUAUUAUGGCAGAAUUGUGUAGCUACGUUUCCUCGUUGGGAUUUGGCAUGGUGAGCUACUGUAUUCCUUUAUGGAAAAUCAUCUUGGAUUAGGCAAUUUUUUGCUGUAUCAACCUCUAUAUACCAAGCGACUGUGCUGAUUCCCUCUCCCUACCCCCACAGCCAGUUCAUCACCUAUUUUCAGAUGGAAAAAAGAGACUUCCAAGAAAUUGAAAUUAAAAACUGUGACAUAGUUAUCCUCAUCUUCAAUUAAGGCCAGGCACCUGAGGUAAAAUAAAUUUUAACGUUUUAUGGGAUAGCGCAGAUUUUUGUAGUCACCUUAAUUAAAAAAAUAUUUAGUCUACACAUCUGUACUACACUAGUUGCCCCUCCAUAUUUGCAAAAAAACCACUCUCCUCUCAAAAGGUCUUUAGAUACUUAUCUCUUUCUUGAACCAGAGCCUUGAUUUUCUAUAGUAUUGUGCAUAGCUCUAUUUCUCUCUCCUCUUUUGAGUAUGAGAGACAUGAGUGGACUUUUGUAUUAUACAAUGGCUUUUAGGUCUUGCAAUUAUUAUUACUUAGAUUUUAGAAAAUUUUGAACAUUAACAUUAAUGGUGUACGUUAUUAGCAUGCUAAAGAGACUUUUUAAGUUAUCUAAAUAUGGCAGAUAGGCAUCAAAAUUAACUCUUUGAUUAUUUAUUAAUAGAAUAGUCAUACAUGUAUCUGAGAAAAUAGAGGAGACCAAAGAUUCAUAAAUAACACCUUUCCGACCGUACAUGAGAAAAACUAACGCAUUGAUGACUAUCACUUAGGUCCUUACAAAUGCAUAAAAGGUCCUUAUAAAGUCCUUACCUGGCACCAACCCUGAUCCCUGGAAAACUUCCAAAGCGUGUUCGUAUGUGUAGCCUAUGACCCCGUCAAAGUUGGCUUUAGUGAAUUCUGAUUGGGUAUAUGCAAAGUAUGUUUAUGCAUGCAUCCAUAUAAGGACAUUUCCGAUCCUUUGUCUUGUCUAGAAAAGAGCUCAAUUCAUAGCAUGAGAACCUUCUAUCGGCCUUGACCUAGCUUUUGUUUGAAAGGCGAUUGAAAGCUCUAUCCGACAAUAUAAAAUGUGACUCAGUUUCUCAAAUGGUGGAGUGUGUCCCAAA